AAUUUGAAAAAUUCUUAUAUUUCUAAUACCAAGCGUGAAAUUCAGUUAUUUAUGAAAAAUAAUAAGUUGAUGUUAAAGGAGUUGUUAAAGCUCAAAAUCAUGAAAUAAUUAUUUCAAGAAUACCAUGAUAUAUUUUUUCAAUAAUAUUUGGGAUCACUGACAUGCAAAAAAUUUAAACAGCAACGACACUAUGCUUAUUAUUAAAAGUUGUAAUGGGUCAUAAAAAGUAAACACAAACUCCUUCAACAAAUUACACUCAGUCCGCUCUAAAUUGCCUUAUCUAUUCGAUUUUGUUUUUGGCGGCCAAAACAAAAAAAAAAAUAAUUAAAAAUACACACAUUUCGUUGACAUAAGUAUAUGUACAUGUUUGAAUGUACCAUAUCGAAAUUUAUCAACGACCCUUGGAAUGGAUGUACAAAGCGAGAACUGAACUAUCGAAUAAUCUGAAUCAUAAUGCUAAAGUAUAAAAUGGACUGCUUUUAAAACUAGGCAAAGGAGAGCUGCAAAGCGAAAGGUGUGAUAUGUACCGUCUGAACUAAGCGAUAAAGCAAACGAAAGUUGAUAACAAUUAAACUUACCAAAAUCUAAUCUACCAUAAAUGAGUUGAUUCUGAAUGAAUAUACAUUAAAAGGAGUGAGAUCAGCACAAAUAUACGUGUUGACUACAACUGAGCUGGGUUUAGUCUGCACAACAACCGUAGUCCGAUUAGUUUACGCACGGAUCUAUACUCAUCAACAAGCAAUAGUUUUACACUUGAACCAUUUAUAUACGAAAUGAAUUUUUUAUUGCGAUUCAUUGUCUUCCUACUUGAUCCUUCGGGUUUAGGGCGUCGCUUAUUAAUACGUCCGGUAGGCAAGAUAGUAUACAAUGUAUAUGAUGGUAUCAAGAGUAGAGCUGAUGAAAAGGUUGGCACAAUGAAAGAAUUGGUUCUACGAUUGGGAUUAAUUGCAUUUGCGGUAGUUUUAAUAAUUUGGAUAGCAGUAUUCAUGUAUGUUGCUUUCUAUUAUACGUAUAUGCCCGCUAUUUCGCAUACAAGACCAGUUCACAUGCAAUUCAAAUCUUGCUUGGAUUCAACAACCCCAUGUACAUUUCCUCAUGCACAUGUUUCGCUUACAAAGAAACAACAACUUUUGAUGGUAGGCCAAGCCUAUCGUGUAGUCGUGCAGAUAGAAAUGCCGGAAUCACCGCAGAAUUUGGAAUUAGGUAUGUUUAUGGUGUGUGGGGAAAUGCGCGACACCAAUGCUCUACUGCGCGGCCAAUCAUGUCGCUCAGCUAUGAUGCGCUACCGCUCACCACUUAUUCGUACAAUUAGUACAUGGGCGCUCAGUCCACUUUUCGUGCUCGGCUUGAAGGAAGAGUUUCAACGUGUACCGGUAGAAGUAUUUGCGAAUUAUUUGGAAGAGCGACAGCAUCCAAUUACUGACGUCUAUGUAGAAAUUCAAUCACAAAAGAUACAAUUUUACACAGUAUCAUUACAUAUAGUAGCUGAUUUCACCGGGCUGAGAUAUAUAAUGUACAAUUGGCCCAUACUUUCAGCUGUAGUUGCAAUAAGCACUAAUUUGUUCUUUAUAUUGGUGAUAUUCCUACUAAGCUGGUAUCACUGGUCUGACACAACUUGGCUGCAUAAUUUGCGUAAAAAAUACGGCCGCAUAUCCGAAACUUUACAAAGCAAAGCUAGUAAAGCAAUUGAGUCAAAGAGUGGAUUUAGGGAUGAUGAGGAUUUGAGUUUUCUGGACGACAAAUCCAACGGGUCGGAAAUAGAUGAAAUUGGCGCCAGUAGUGACAGUCGCAGUAGCAGCAAGGAAGAACUGUUAGGCAGUAAACCACAAAGAAGCAACGAGGAACAACAACUGCACCAGCGUAGAAUGCAAGAAGCAUUUUAAGCACGUGCUACAAUUGAAGCUAAUUAAAUGAAUUGUGUAGAAUGUAAUAUUACAUUUAGACUGAUGAUGAAUUUUCAUUACUAUUGUUUUAAAUAGUUGUAAGUUAAAGUAAAUCAUUUUAAAGUAUAAAAGCAUUUAUCUAUAUACACUAUAUACCAACUCCAA